AUGCGCGCUUCAAUCACUGCCGCCACGGCGCUGCUCGCCGCUUUGGUUUCUGCUCAUGGCAACAUCGUCUCGUCUCGCCUCCUGCCCGUGGUGUCGGCGCCGCAAUGGCUGCAGCGCCAACUUGAUCUAUGCAGAGGAGCCAAGUUCGAGGACAACAAGGCCAAUGUCCAGACCUUCAAGGCUGGACAGGUCGUCAACAUGAAGGCCGAGAUCCCGAUCCCCCACGAGGGCCCCAUGAAUGUCUCCAUUGUCGAUACCGCAACCAACAAGGUUAUCGGACAACCUCUCAUCGUCUUCGACAGCUACGCCGACGAGAACCUCGCGGCACUGCCCAAGAACAACACCGACUUUGACAUCACCAUGCCCUCCAACCUGCCCGCGGGCACCUGCGCUCAGGCUGGCCAGUGCGUCGUUCAAUGGUUCUGGGUUGGCACUGCGGCGAAGCAGACAUACGAAAGUUGUGUAGACUUUGUUAUGGCUUGA